GUCAGACAAGCGUCAUUGCUAACGUACCACAGAGGAGCGGAAACCAGCAGGCGCCAAAUAGAAGACGGCGUCUUCGGCCUACUUUUCCUCAGCCGUCGACAUCAAGCGAUCCCCAGCCGCAGCACUCACCCGAGGAGAAUUAUCCCAGUACAAGUGGUGUUGCUCGAAAUCACCACACGUUUAACGUUCCUGUCCUUGAAACCCGUCCUAACCCCGCACCUCCGAGCGCCUUUACCCGC